AUUAUCGGUGGCGGAGGGAGGGACCGCAGUGAUCCUCCUCAGCGCCGAACCGCCUCCUUCACCAGUCAACAUUCAGCAGCGCAGCGGUCGACAGUGAUUCCCAUUAAUGCGGGCGGGUCUUCGUCUCUUAGCAAUAAUAGCGUGAAAUUUCUCCACAUUGCGCCUGAAACUUGGACAGGGAAUUUGAUCCCCGCGAGGAUAUAAGGUAUGGCUGCUAUCAGGAAAAAGCUGGUGAUCGUGGGAGAUGGAGCUUGUGGGAAGACCUGUCUACUCAUAGUGUUCAGCAAAGAUCAGUUUCCAGAAGUCUACGUGCCUACUGUGUUCGAGAACUACAUUGCAGACAUCGAAGUUGACAGCAAACAGGUGGAGCUCGCUUUGUGGGACACAGCAGGACAGGAAGACUAUGAUCGCCUGAGACCUCUGUCUUACCCAGACACAGAUGUCAUCCUCAUGUGUUUCUCCAUAGACAGUCCCGACAGUUUAGAGAAUAUCCCAGAAAAGUGGACGCCUGAGGUGAAGCACUUCUGCCCCAACGUUCCCAUAAUCCUCGUGGGCAAUAAGAAGGAUCUGCGGAAUGAUGAGCACACACGGAGAGAGCUGACUAAGAUGAAGCAGGAGCCGGUUAAACCAGAGGAGGGCAGAGACAUGGCCAACCGUAUUAGCGCCUUUGGCUACCUAGAAUGCUCAGCCAAGACUAAGGAGGGUGUGAGGGAAGUAUUCGAAAUGGCCACCAGGGCGGCGCUGCAAGUCCGCAAAAGGAAGAAGAGAAGCGGGUGCUUGCUGUUGUAAGAGAACUUUCCGGUCUUUUUCCAGAAUGAUCUCCCCACUGACCAGGAAAUACCAAACUCCACAAAAAAAGUUUUUGACCAAACAACAUAAAUACACUGGACUGUAUGUCACAUUUCAUGCAAACCAACAAGUGCGAAAUGGAGGAAAGUGAAUAAAAUAUGCAUUAAACAGACAGAGGCUGGGCAGAAAGACAGGUUAGAUCAAAAUAUAUCUAUAUCACUGUUUAUCAUGAUUUAGUUUUCCUCUAUGGCACAAUCUUUUUCAAAAUACAAACUUUUUUUUUUCUCUCCAGUUUGUACUGUACGGAUGACGUCAGUCAUAACGUUAUUGUAUUUUUGCAUAUUUAUCAAUCUACCAUUAUAAUCUGGUGAGAGAACAUCUUCAUAUUAUUGUAAUCGAAAUUAAUUUAACCACGUAGAAAUCUCUUAAAUAGCACAGAAUUUGGUAAUAAAAUCAGUGCCUUCAUGAUCAUUCCCUCCACAAUUUGAAUGUAAAGUGUGUGUUUUGAGCUUCUCUGUGACUUCUACACACUUUCUAGUAGUGAAUAACUCUAUGAGCCAAUUAAAUGUAUUUAAAAGUGAAAAAUCUUCAGUAAUGCUGAGUUUAUAGCUUUCAUUCCCCAAAUAAAUAUCAUUUACAUGUAAUUUGGAGGCUCAGUCGGGUCUAAAACCAACAAUACCAACAUUUGUUGUUUUUGUCCUCCAUACAGGCAUAAACACACACAUGUGCUCAUGGACUGAGCUCUUUAGAUAUUAAACUAGUUGAACCUGUCUCGAAUAUCCAGGCUGAGCUCAUGCUGUCACAUAAUCUGACUGUAUUGUCCUACAUUAGCCGGCACGCAUGCUUGAGUAUUGUUAAUGCAAAUAUUAUAUUCAAGGUGCAAUCACUUUUGAAGGUUUCUAGCACUGCGAAACAUCAAAUAAAUACACAAACUGAUGAUUGUUAGCUAAAGUAUUUUAGUUAGAAGAGGCCUUGAGUGCCUUUCCAGUUCCCACAGAAUUGUGUGCCUUUAGUUAUCAGACUUUAAUGCAUUUGGGUUGAGAUGAGAUGAUGAACGUUAAUGUCCACGCAUGCGUUUUGUCACGAUCAGUCUUGUAAUGUUGCAUGCCAGUAAUCAUGAGGUGUUCGGAUCAUCACGUUUCUGACAAUAACCUUAACUAAUCAUGCAGAGUUGUGCUUCUAGAAGAAAUGUAGCUUUUGUUAGCUGGUGUAGAAUCCAUAUACUGAUGUCACUUCCACUGCUGUCCGCUGCUGGUACCAUGAGAUGUCUGACAUGAGGUAAUGCUACGUAAAUCCAGCCCUGUGUUUCCUGUCUGUGUUGACUUUAAACAAGUGUUUAAUUAAUUAGCAUGGUGUAGCUUUGUUUCCAUCGUCUGUUACUGUAAAAUAGGAAAAUCACAAAAACAGUCAAGUGUUCUGGGUCAUAUGUCAGCUAAAAAUGAAAAAGGAUAUAGUUUGCAUUAAGAAAACGAAAAGAUUUAGCUUUAAAUUUAUUUAUAUACAUAUAAAAUCUGUUAGAAUCAUAAUUUAUAUAUAUUUAUGAUUCUAACAAUUUUUAAUAUAUAAUAUUUUCAGGAUUAUUUUGGUAUAAAUAUAUAUAAAAAGUAUAUAUUUUAUGUGUGUGUGUGUGUGUGUAUAUAUGUAUGUGUGUGAUUCUAACAAAUUUUUUAUAUAUAUAAUUUGUUAGAAUCUCACACAUAUACAUACACACACACACAUAUAUAUAUAUAUCACACAUAUAUAUUAGAGGUUUUUAGUUUAUUUUAAGGUGAAAUAUGAUCCAGGCAUUUCUUUGUGAGGCAAAUGUUCCUUGGGGUAUUUUAUGUUUAGGUCCAUCUGAAGCACAGAAUGUUAAACUAACCAUCUGUAUAGUUCUCGAACACCUGGGACACUAUGCCAUGGAUUUUAAUUUAUUAAACAGGGCAUUAUUAAAACACUGACUGUAAUGUACUGACUGUACAAUACAAUGCACAAGGAACAUCCCAUUAGACUACAUUCAAACUACACACUACUUGCAAAUAAAGUAGGAACUUGUUCUUUAUCUUUUUUAAUGUACUAAUUUGUGGAAUCCGUGAUGAAAUCCUCGAUGCAGGCGUGAGAAUAGACCCAUGUCCUUUGUGAAGUCAUCGUCUGCAUGAGGAAAUUACUACAGCAACCAGUCUUAGCAUAUUGGAGCUCCACACUGGCCUCUGAGAUCAAUCUGCUGUGUUCAUGUGGUCUCUUCCUUUUUUCUGGAAGUAUUAAAUAUGAUUUAUUAAUCCAGAUUUUUAUGAGCGCUCAUAGUAACAAUGCUUUGUAAACGGGACUAGUAGUAAAUGUUGGAAUGAAGUGAAACCAACUUAUGUUAAUAAAAUAUUUUUUCGAAACAAAAUAA